AUGAAUCGACGCCGAUUAGCUUUGAUCUUUGGAAAUGAAGACUACAGUGGUACAGCAAAAUUAAAAAGUUGUGUUAAGGAUGCUGAGGAUAUGGCAGCUGCAUUAACUAACUUGGGUUUUCAAUGCACGAAAUAUCAUAAUUUGAAUAAACGUGCCAUGGAUAUUGCCAUGAGAGACUUUUGUACAAAAAUUGCUGAUAAUGAUUGUAUUUUAAUAUAUUUUUCUGGACAUGGUAUGGAAGCAUACGAUCUGAGGCGUUCUGGAAAUAAUCUUUUAAAUAUUAUUAUUUUGGACGCUUGCCGAUUUGAUGAAGAAAAUGAUACUUGGAAAACAAAAGCUAUUAAUAAACAACCAUAUCUCAAAGCAGCAUUUGGUAACGCAUUAACAUCACAUGUUAACAUACCAAACGAAUCACAAUUUGCUUUGAUAUUUUCAUCUGAUCCUGGCACAGUAUCUUAUGCUGGUCAAGAAGGUGGAAAUAGUUUCUUUACUUCGGCGCUGUUAAAUCAUUUGGUAACACCACAGUUAGAACUUGAUGAUAUGAUGAAGCAAGUUAGAAAAGAAAUGUUACAAACCUCCCUGGGUCAACAACGGCCUUGGAUUCAUUCAUGUCUCAUAGAAGACUUUUAUUUCAAUCAAGGUGUACAAUGA